AUGAAUCGCUUUUUACGACUUUUACGUCCUAUUUCUGCUAGCAUUGAUGCCCUUUGUAAUGUUAAACACCGUACAAACCUUGGCUACAAAAGAGAGAAAAAUCCCUCUAUUUAUAAGUCGACUUUUAAAGUGUCCGUGCGCCAAAUAUCAUCGGUAAACAAGUUCGGCGAAAAUGAUCGCGAUAGUCUAUACGAUCGUUUUUCGAUAUUGGGAUUUCUUGCACCCAUCUUUGCAUUUUCAAUUACAAAGUUGGUUGCAGGAGAAAACGAGCAGGAUGAGGAUGAUUCAACAUGGCAUAAAGAUAAUUUGAAACGGAAUAUAACCGGAAAGUUUAGUCGGACAAGCUCAGUGCAUGUCAACAUUUCAAAAAAUGAAGUGCAUCAGGUCGGCGAAAAGACAGCUAGAG